UUCCUUGCAAUGACGUAAUUAAACUGUCAAAAUUAUCACAUGAUUGGAUAAUAACAAUAAUAAAAAUUGUAUAAAAUGGGCGAAAAAGCGCAUCUUCCGCACGAAAAUGGUCUUAAUAAAAACAGUCCCGAGCCCCCGGACCAGGAAAUGCAUUCGGACGAAGAAACCGGGGACGAUUUGGACGAUAUGUCACCCGAAGAAUUUCAGAUGCUUGAUAGUCAGCUAGACGCGCUGAAUUCAGCGUUGGACAAUAUCGAGCAAAAGAACGACGAUAUCCACGCCCAACUUUUGCUCCUGUUGCAAUCAAAUCGCGAAAUCAGACAACAAAUCCAAGAAUCGAGUGCCGCGGAAAAACAAGAACCCGACACCCAAAACCAAUGAGUAUUAACAUUCCGGGAGGUUUAGUUGUUUUGUUAAGUGUUACGUAUGUUUAAUUAUUUCAAUAAAAGUCUAGUUUAACGUU